CUGCGCCACGGGGCGGAGCGGCCCCCCCAGCCCCGGCCUGGGAGAGGGGGGGCCGCUCGACCCCCUGGGUGACCUUGGGGAACCUGAACACCUGGGACACCCCAGAACCAGGUUCCCCCAGGCACCAUGCCAGCCCCGUAGUACCACCCACCCCACCCACUGUGGUCUGCUGCACCCUACUGCUGGGGCACUGGCUCCAAUGAGACAGGGCACACCAAACUCCCAUCUGGCUGUUACUGAGGCGGAGACACGGGUGAUGAUUGGCUUUCUGGGGAGAGAGGAAGUCCUGUGAUUGGUCAGGUCUCCGGAGCUCGCCGACGCCGGGAGAGAAAGCUCCCACGGAGGCCGGAAUUGGCUGUGAAAGGCCCUGAGCGACCAUCUGGGGGCACUGGGCACUCCUGUCAGAGCGGCUGGAGCCGGACCAUCGCCCCAAGGAGCUGGGGCAGGGGGCCGUGCCCGAUCUCUGGGGCCACUGCUGACCUGGCUGGAUGCAUCGGGCAGUGGACCCUGCAGGGGCCCGCGCUGCACGGGAAGCCUUUGCCCUUGGGGGCUUGAGCUGUGCUGGGGCCUGGAGCUCCUGCCCGCCCCAUCCCCCUCCUCGGAGCGCAUGGCUGCCUGGAGGCAGGUGCUCUGCCAGCAUCGGGCAGCCCCCACUCCCUGCUCCCCUACCUCCUUCACACGGCAGUAGCUCUGGCCACCCCAACAAACUGUAUUAUGCUCCAGGGACACCCACCCCAAGACCCCUCCAUGGGAAGCUGGAAUCCCUGCAUGGCUGUGUGCAGGCAUUGCUCCGGGAGCCGGCCCAGCCAGGGCUGUGGGAGCAGCUUGGGCAGCUGUACGAGUCAGAGCACGACAGUGAGGAGGCUAUACGCUGCUAUCACAGCGCCCUUCGAUAUGGAGGAAGCUUGGCUGAGCUGGGGCCCCGCGUCGGCCGACUACAGCAGGCCCAGCUCUGGAACUUUCAUGCUGGCUCCUGCCAGCACCGACCCAAGGUCCUGCCUCCCCUGGAGCAAGUGUGGAACUUGUUGCACCUUGAGCACAAACGGAACUAUGGGGCCAAGCGGGGGGGUCCCCCGGUGAAGCGAGCCGCCGAACCCCCGGUGGUGCAGCCUAUGCCUCCUGCAGCACUCUCAGGCCCCUCGGGGGAGGAGGGGCUCAGCCCUGGAGGCAAACGCAGGAGAGGCUGCAACUCUGAGCAGACUGGCCUUCCCCCAGGGCUGCCGCUGCCUCCGCCACCAUUACCCCCAGCCCCACCCCCGCCUGGCCUAGCCACCAGCCCUCCAUUCCAGCUGACCAAGCCAGGGCUGUGGAGUACCCCACAUGGAGAUGCAUGGGGCCCCGAGCGCAAGGGUUCAGCACCCCCAGAGCGCCAGGAGCAGCGGCACUCGCUGCCUCACCCAUAUCCAUACCCAGCUCCGGCCUACCCUGUGCACCCCCCCGGCCACCGGCUGGUCCCGGCUGCACCCCCAGGCCCAGGCCCCCGCCCCCCAGGAGCAGAGAGCCAUGGCUGCCCGCCUGCCACCCGUCCCCCCGGAAGUGACCUUAGAGAGAGCAGAGUUCAGAGGUCGCGGAUGGACUCCAGCGUUUCACCAGCAGCAACCACCGCCUGCGUGCCUUACGCCCCUUCCCGGCCCCCCGGCCCCCCCGGCACCACCACCAGCAGCAGUAGCAGCAGCAGCAACCCUGGUCUCCGGGGCGUGGAGCCGAGCCCAGGCAUUCCCGGCGCUGACCAUUUCCAAACUCCCGCGCUGGAGGUCUCCUCUCACCAAGGCCGCCUUGGACCCUCGGCACACAGUAGUCGGAAACCAUUCCUGGGGGCUCCCGCUGCCACUCCCCACCUGUCCCUGCCACCCGGCCCCUCCUCACCUCCUCCCCCACCUUGUCCCCGCCUCUUACGCCCUCCACCACCCCCUGCCUGGCUGAAGGGCCCAGCCUGCCGAGCAGCCCGUGAGGAUGGAGAGAUCUUAGACGAGCUCUUCUUCGGGGCUGAGGGACGCCCCCGCCCUCCCCCUCCCCCCCUCCCCCACCGCGAGGGCUUCUUGGGGCCUCCGGCCCCCCGCUUUUCUGUGGGCACUCAGGAUUCGCACACCCCUCCCGCUCCCCCAACCACCAGCAGCAGCAACAGUGGCAGCCACAGCAGCAGCCCUACUGGGCCUGUGUCCUUCCCCACACCUUCCUAUCUGGCCAGAAGUAUGGACCCCCUUCCCCGGCCCCCCAGCCCAACACUGAGCCCCCAGGACCCACCUCUUGCACCCCUGACUCUUACCCUGCCUCCAGCCCCUCCCUCCUCUUGCCACCAGAAUACCUCAGGAAGCUUCAGGCGCCCGGAGAGCCCUCGGCCCAGGGUCUCCUUCCCAAAGACCCCCGAGGGGGGGCCGGGGCCAUCCCCAGGCCCCCUGAAUAAAGCCCCCCAGCCUGUGCCGCCCAGGGUUGGGGAGCUGCCUGCCCGAGGCCCUCGACUCUUUGAUUUCCCCCCUACCCCACUGGAGGACCAGUUCGAGGAGCCAGCUGAAUUCAAGAUCCUACCUGAUGGGCUGGCCAACAUCAUGAAGAUGCUGGAUGAAUCCAUUCGCAAGGAGGAGGAGCAGCAACAACACGAGGCAGGUGUGGUCCCCCCGCCUCCUCUGAAGGAGCCCUUUACAUCUCUGCAGCCUCCAUUCCCCACUGACACAGCCCCAGCCACCACUGCUGCCACCGCCACCGCCGCCACCACCCCGGCCACCCAGGAAGAGGAGAAGAAGCCACCACCAGCCCUGCCACCGCCGCCGCCUCUAGCCAAGUUCCCGCCACCACCCCAGCCACCGCCAACCGCGCGAGCCCCACCAGCCAGCCCGGCCAACCUGCUCAAGUCCUUGGCCUCCGUGCUGGAAGGACAAAAGUACUGUUACCGGGGGACUGGAGCAGCUGUUCCCACCCGGCCUGGGCCCUUGCCCACCACUCAGUAUUCCCCCGGUUCCUCUUCAGGUGCUACCGCCCCACCGCCCACGUCCGCGGCCCCGAGCGCCCAGGGCUCCCCACAGCCCUCCGCUUCCUCGUCAUCUCAGUUCUCUACCUCAGGCGGGCCCUGGGCCCGGGAGCGCAGGGUGGGCGAAGAGCCAGCCCCGGGCCCCAUGACCCCCGCCCCCCCGCCCCACCCCCUGCCGCUGCCCCCUGCUCGCUCUGAGUCUGAGGUGCUAGAAGAGAUAAGUCGGGCCUGUGAGACCCUUGUGGAGCGGGUGGGCCGGAGCGCCGCAGACCCGGCCGACCCAGUGGACACGGCAGAUCGAGCGGACAGCGGGACUGAGCGACUGCAGCCCCCAGCUCAGGCCAAGGAGGAGAGCGGUGGGGUGGUGGCCGUGGCACGACCAGGGAGCAGCAAGCGGCGGCAGAAGGAGCACCAGAAGGAGCACCGGCGGCACAGGCGGGCCUGUAAGGACAGUGUGGGUCGGCGGCCCCGGGAGGGCAGGGCCAAGGCCAAGGCCAAGGCCAAGGCCCCCAAAGAAAAGAGCCGCCGAGUGCUGGGGAACCUGGACCUGCAGAGCGAGGAGAUCCAGGGUCGUGAGAAGGCCCGGCCGGAUCUGGGCGGGGCCUCCAAGGCCAAGCCGCCGGUAGCUCCGGGCCCUCUGCCAGCUCCUGCACCCUCUGUCCAGCCCACACCCCCGGCAGCCCCUGUCCCUGGGAAGAAGGCUCGGGAGGAAGCUCCAGGGCCACCGGGUGUCAGCCGGGCUGACAUGCUGAAGCUGCGCUCACUUAGUGAAGGGCCCCCCAAGGAGCUGAAGAUCCGGCUCAUCAAAGUAGAAAGUGGUGACAAGGAGACCUUCAUUGCCUCGGAGGUGGAAGAGCGGAGGCUGCGGAUGGCAGACCUCACCAUCAGCCACUGCGCUGCCGACGUCGUGAGGGCCAGCAAGAAUGCCAAGGUGAAAGGGAAGUUUCGAGAGUCCUACCUUUCCCCUGCCCAGUCUGUGAAACCGAAGAUCAACUCGGAGGAGAAGCUGCCCCGGGAAAAACUGAACCCGCCCACACCCAGCAUCUAUCUGGAGAGUAAACGGGAUGCCUUCUCGCCAGUGCUGCUGCAGUUCUGUACAGACCCUCGAAAUCCCAUCACCGUGAUCCGGGGCCUGGCAGGCUCCCUGCGGCUCAACUUAGGCCUCUUCUCUACCAAGACGCUGGUGGAGGCGAGUGGUGAGCACACGGUGGAGGUGCGCACCCAGGUGCAGCAGCCCUCAGAUGAGAACUGGGACCUGACAGGCACGCGACAGAUCUGGCCCUGCGAGAGCUCCCGUUCCCACACCACCAUUGCCAAGUACGCGCAGUACCAGGCCUCAUCCUUCCAAGAGUCCCUGCAGGAGGAGAAGGAGAGUGAGGACGAGGAGUCCGAGGAGCCGGACAGCACCACGGGAACCCCUCCUAGCAGCGCACCGGAUCCGAAGAACCAUCACAUCAUCAAGUUUGGCACCAACAUCGACCUGUCCGAUGCCAAGCGGUGGAAGCCCCAGCUGCAGGAGCUGCUGAAGCUGCCCGCCUUCAUGCGGGUAACCUCCACGGGCAACAUGCUGAGCCACGUGGGCCACACCAUCCUGGGCAUGAACACAGUGCAGCUGUACAUGAAGGUCCCAGGCAGCCGAACGCCAGGCCAUCAAGAGAACAACAACUUCUGCUCGGUCAACAUCAACAUUGGCCCAGGAGACUGCGAGUGGUUCGCGGUGCACGAGCACUACUGGGAGACCAUCAGCGCCUUCUGCGACCGGCAUGGCGUGGACUACCUGACGGGUUCCUGGUGGCCAAUCCUGGAUGACCUCUAUGCUUCCAACAUCCCUGUGUACCGCUUCGUGCAGCGCCCCGGAGACCUUGUGUGGAUUAAUGCGGGGACCGUGCACUGGGUGCAGGCCACCGGCUGGUGCAACAACAUCGCCUGGAACGUGGGGCCCCUCACCGCCUAUCAGUACCAGCUGGCCCUGGAACGAUACGAGUGGAACGAGGUGAAGAACGUCAAAUCCAUCGUGCCCAUGAUUCACGUGUCCUGGAACGUGGCUCGCACGGUCAAAAUCAGUGACCCCGACUUGUUCAAGAUGAUCAAGUUCUGCCUCCUGCAGUCCAUGAAGCACUGCCAGGUGCAGCGGGAGAGCCUGGUGCGGGCCGGGAAGAAAAUCGCCUAUCAGGGCCGGGUCAAGGACGAGCCCGCGUACUACUGCAAUGAGUGCGACGUGGAGGUGUUCAACAUCCUGUUCGUGACGAGUGAGAACGGCAGCCGCAACACGUACCUGGUGCACUGCGAGGCCUGUGCGCGGCGCCGCAGCGCAGGCCUGCAGGGCGUGGUAGUGCUGGAGCAGUACCGCACGGAGGAGCUGGCGCAGGCCUACGACGCCUUCACGCUGGCCCCGGCCAGCACGUCGCGAUGAGGCCGGACGCCCCGCCCGCCUGCCCGCCCGCAGGGCGCCGCGGGGCCACCAGCACACGCCUGGGCUGGACCUAGGUCCCGCCUCUGGCCGG